AUGGAGAGUAUUGUAAGUAACUCAUAUAACGUAAAGGACUGUCUCGUUUGAAGGUAUUGUUUGAAGCUUGUUCAUUGUCCCUGCUACAGCAAUAAAUAAAUAAAACAAUGCUGAGAAUGUCUUGUGAUUUGUUUGUGAUGUUUUGUCUUUCAUGAGAUUUAAAAAUAUAUAUAUUUGGAUGGAUGAAAAUCUGUUGACAGACCUGUGAUGAUUUUCAUGGAGGGGAGUGUAGGGUAGGAAUUUCAACAAAACCCUGUGUGUAAAGUGCUUGCAUGUACGUGUGUGCGCGCAUGUAUGUGUGUGCAUGAGUAUGCCUUCUGAUAUGUUGGGGUUCCAUUGUCUAAGGUUCUAACAAUAGCUGGACAACCAUAGGGCAGUGCAGUCACAUGAGUAGGAAGGGACACGCUAUGUAGACUUGAUGGCCAAACCUAAACCUGUUUGGAUUCUGAACCCCAAAGAAUUGCAGCCUCUGUAUCGGUAUCCCUCUUCUCUCUCUCUCUCUCUCUCUCUCUGCCUUGGGCUCAGGUAAGGGUUAUUACUUCAUACUGGCAUACCUCUAUACAUAACUGCCUUGGUAUUCAUCACAGACAGACCUUUACAUUGUAUUGAAAUCAAUCAACUUUUAAUGAUUCUUUGCUUGAAGAUGAGUGGUUUUCUGCUAUAGUAUAUUAUUAUGGGCUACAUGGGCUGGUUAUUAACUAUUGACUUAAUGGACUGCAUCCUAAUUGUGAAUACCAUUUAGAAAGACAAUUAUGUAAUGUUAAGGGAAAAUGAUAAUACAAAAUCUUGUGAUUGGUCAUAAAAGUUGCAGACAAUUCACUCUCUCUACAAUUGAGCCUAGGGGAAGGGGGGCUUUCACCCAUUUUGGUAACCCUUUAUUUGAAGUGUACCUACAUAAGGACUUUAUAACACUUUCAAAAAUUGUACUGCUUAUGAAUGUGUUAUGUAUUUGUUAUGAAUGUGUUAUGAAGCCCUCAUGUAGGUACUCUUCAAAUAAAUAAUUACCUACAUUUGUUUUAUGACCAAUAUUUAGACUUUUUUUUUUAUAUAUACAGAAACAUCAGAAUCCAACAAAUAUAAUGACCGAACAAAUACCAAUUAACUCACUACCUGUGAGAAAAUUAACGUAAAACAAAACAAAAAAGAUAACGUCAAACUAAAACCACAUUCAGAUAGCAUCACUGGCUAAUCACAUCACAUUGAGAGAGAAUAUGACAUGAGGGUUAGGCUUAUGGUUUUCAUUUAACACCAUUUGAAGAAUUACAGACAUUUCUAAAGCCACUGACAGGGUUCUGGCAAGCCGUUAGACAUCACCAGGCAUGACAUGACGAUCAAUUUCAUGAGUGGUGAAGGGUCUGGGACUGCCCACCUGUCCUAAAGUACAUCACUGACUGUCCUGUUAGUGCCUAAAGCAGACGGUGUCCUUGGACACCAUUCCCAGUUUAGACUCAGUUACAAAGGUAUGUUUCUUUUUCCACUGGUCAGAAGAGGACCUGCUGUAGACCCAUUGUAUCUAUAGUAGGGAGUAUGGAUGAGUGCAAUUUUGUUUGGAUCAAGCCCUCAUUAAAUAAACAGUUUAGGCAUAUAUAGUGUUCUUCUAAGACGAGCUAAGUAAUUGAUCAGACUGACAAUGUCCUCUGAGCCAGUCAGCAAGCCAGAGCCAAUACCUCAGAUGUCAAGAGAAAGACGGAGUGCUGUGAGAGGGAGAUUGAGUGAAUACUGUGUGAGAAUGAUGUAGUGCUGUGUGAGAAUGAUGUAGUGCUGUGUGAGAAAGAUUGAGUGCUGUGUGAGAAAGAUUGAGUGCUGUGUGAGAAAGAUUGAGUGCUGUGUGAGAAAGAUUGAGUGCUGUGUGAGAAAGAUUGAGUGCUGUGUGAGAAAGAUUGAGUGCUGGGAGGUGAUGAUAGUAGCCUAGUCUACAAUGUGUUGUUAUCCUGUAUGGCUUACUCUUAUAGCAUUAUCAUGUACUCAAGUAAAGUUGUAUCUUGUAUUUUAGGGUUCAGAUAAAACAAAAUGUCAGACACAGAAGAAGUGGAGGAAGUGCAGUAAGUAUCAUAUGUAUUUGUAUUAUUAUUAUUAUUAUUAUUAUAUAUAUUUAAUGUUUUAAAACCUUCCACUAUAUCAAACUAAUCAAAUAUUUAUUUUGUUUUCACGCCACUUCUUUUGUGAAGGGAGGAAGAAGGUAAGAUUGCUUUGUCUGUAAGUCUGUCAAUAAAUUGAGAUUUUACUCAAAUCAUUUUAAUGAAUUAGAUUAGUGGCGAUUUGAGAAAUGUUUUAUCAUUUUUGUCAAUUUGAAAGAUUCACUGCUUGUGUAUAUGCAAAUGCCCUGUAUAUUUUAUUACACAAUUAUACUUUUAUGACCCCAUCCCCUACAACUUCAAAAGGACUAUUCUAUCCUGAUUAACAUGAAAUCCUUCUAAUAAUGCUUACAACCUUUUGUAUGAUAUGAUCAAGCUAAGAGAGUCACUGUCCUUUAUUACAGAUGGAUCCAAGCCCAAACCAAAGUAAGUUUUUAGAUUACCCCUAAAUCAUGAAUGAAUUUGACAGACUAUGAUUUAAGGCUCUAUUCAAUCUGUAACGCUGAAGCGUUACAGAUUCCGCAAUAGAAAUGUAAAGUUAAUUUCCAAUUGAACCGACAUAUGCAGCGUUCACCGUGAAUGCAGUCUCUCCUAAAGCGGGAACACUGCCUUUAAAUUUAAAUCACGCUGUAAAGCUGAACUUCCACGAUGCGGGUUGAAAAGAGCCCUUGCUUUGGUUUAGGUCUUAAAGCUGAGAAGGGUAAACAGAUCCACUGGUCACCCCAGGCCCAUUUGUAAAAAAUAAAAAAUAAUAGUACAUGUGCAUGUAAUUGUGAUGGACGCUGUAGGAGAGAGGAAUAACGUUGUGGGAGAGACAAAAAGUGAGUAAAAAAACACCCUACAUUUACAUCCCGCCCUGAAUGUAAGCCAGGGCGGGAUCAGCCAGCGGCGGCUUCCCGCAUGCGCGAUUCAUUUGCAGUCUGGACGGGGAGGGGUGAACAUCUCCUGCUCUGACUGCAGCUGGGAGGGACUGCUGCGCGAGGACUGGGCCGUGGGCCGCCUGUGAGUGCUUUGGGACGGGGGUGGGGCCCGGGCCCGGGCCCACGGCAGCACCCGCUGCUCGUUGAGAAGAGUAAGAAUGAUACGUGCUUUCACAUCAGAGUCUCCAAAAGUCUCCAAUAACACCAGAAAAAGUCGCUAGAUUUGUCGCUAGUCGCUUUUAUGAAAAUGUGUCGCUAGAGGGGUCUGAAAACUCGCUAAAUAUAGCGACAAAGUCGCUAAGUUGGCAACACUGCCUCCAAGUGUUUCUGGGUGGCUCUUUUUUUAUUUUCCCCUGACAGAUUAUACGUUACAUUAUAAAUGAUGUUGAAAGAUAAUGUGACAUUUACUGAAAUGCUCAAAUUGAGAUUACAUAUACUCUAGACACACAAUUUUCAUUUCCAUAGGUUUGUGCCAAACAUCUCUGUGCCAAAGAUGCCUGAUGGCGAGAAAGUGGAUUUUGAUGUAAGUUGAAUCACAUAAACACACACACACACACACACACACACACACACACACACACACACACACACACACACACACACACACACACACCACAGGUGGUUGGUGGCACCUUAAUUGGGGAGGAUGGGCUCGUGGUAAUGGCUGGAGUGGAAUAGGUGGAAUGGUAUCAAAUACAUUAAACAAAUGUUUCCAUGUUUUCCAUGUGUUUGAUGCCAUUCCAUUUGCUCCGUUCCAGCCAUUCAUUAUGAGGCGUCCUCCCCUCAGCAGCCUCCAAUGCUACACACACAUCAUGAUAAAAAAACGAACUUACCAUUUGUGACAGAUGUGCUCCAACUGUCUCCUGUUAAAAUGAAGCAAAUGAGAGGUACAGAAAGUCAAUAAAAGAUUACGUCUAACUAGGGAAAUGACUAUUUUCAGGGUGUAUUACGUGUAUAUUAUGUCUUACCAAAACACACAACUCUUAUUACUUAAUCUGAUUCUUCCUUGUGGUGGUCAGGACAUCCACAGGAAGCGUCAGGAGAAGGACCUGUCUGAGCUCCAGUCUUUGAUCGAGUCUCACUUCAUCCAGAGGAAGAAGGAAGAAGAGGAGCUCAUCACUCUCGUCAACAGGAUUGUGAGUCGGCCAUUUUAGAAUCUGGAGAGUGAAUGUUCUUUCACUGUUCCUAGAAACAUGGCAACGCGACACAUAAUGACUUUGUCACUGAGUCUGUGCGUGUGUGUGUGUGCGUGUGCAGGAGAAACGUCGUGCGGAGAGGGCAGAGCAGCAGAGGGUUCGUGCAGAGCGAGAGAAAGAGAGGCAGGUCAGGGUUGCGGUGAGUCUUCUCUCCAUUAUGACACUUAGCCAAUGUGUGUUCUAUGCUGGAAUUGAACCCACAACCUGUGUGUUGCACGCUCUUACCAACUGACCCACACAGGACCACAUAUGACUAAAACAAUAUAACUUCUAAUGGCCAACGUGGCAACAGGUUGUGGAUGUAAUUUCUAUGAUGGAUCUUGCUAGAUAUUUCCUUCCCUAAUGCUCUGUCUUCCUUCCCUAAUGCUCUGUCUUUCAUCCCUAAUGCUCCGUGUCUUUCUUCCCUAAUGCUCAGUGUCUUUCUUCCCUAAUGGUCAGUGUCUUUCUUCCCUAAUGCUGUCUUUCUUCCCUAAUGCUCGUAUCUUCUUCCCUCUUCUUCCCUAAUGCUCUGUAGUCUUUCUUCCUAAUGCCUCCGUUCUUUCUUCCUAGCAGUGCUCUCCAGUGUCUUCUUUCUGCUCUCUUUCUUCCCUAAUGCUCCGUGUCUUUCUUCCCUAAUGCUCAUGUCUUUCUUCCUAAUGCUCGGUCUUUUCUAUUCUUCUUCCUAAUGCUCCGUGUCUUUUUUCUAUCUCCUAUUUGCUAUGCCGUGUCUUUUUUCCUAAUGCUCAGUGUCUUUCUUCCCUAAUGCUCUGUAUCUUUUUUUUCCUAAUGCUCCGUGUCUUUCUUCCCUAAUGCUCCGUUCUUUUUUUCCCUAAUGCUCAGUGUCUUUCUUCCCUAAUGCUCUGUAUCUUUUUUUUCCUAAUGCUCGUGUCUUUCUUCCCUAAUGCUCUGUAUCUUUUUUUUCCCUAAUGCUCCGAUGUCUUUCUUCCCUAAUGCUCUGUGUCUUUUUUCCUAAUGCUCAUGUGUCUUUUCUUCCCUAAUGCUCUGUAUCUUUUUUUCCUAAGGUUCUCAACCGUGUCUUCUUCCCUAAUGCUCUUGUCUUCUUCCCUAAUGCUCGUGUCGUCUUUUUCCUAAUGCUCGUGUCUUCUUCCCAAUGCUCUGUAUCUUUUUUCCUAAUGCUCCGUGUCUUUUUCCUAAUGCCUAGCUUGCUCCUAAGUGUCUUUCUUCCCUAAUGCUCCGUGUCUUUCUUCCCUAAUGCUCGUGUCUUUCUUCCCUAAUGCUCUGUAUCUUUUUUUCCUAAUGCUCCGUGUCUUUCUUCCCUAAUGCUCUGUGUCUUUCUUCCCUAAUGCUCCGUGUCUUUUUUCCUAAUGCUCAGUGUCUUUCUUCCCUAAUGCUCUGUAUCUUUUUUUCCUAAUGCUCCGUGUCUUUCUUCCCUAAUGCUCCGUGUAUCUUUUCUUCCCUAAUGCUCAGUGUCUUUCUUCCCUAAUGCUCAUGUCUUUUCUUCCCUAAUGCUCGUGUUCUCUGUCUUCUUCCCUAAUGCUCGUGAUUUUUUUUCCUAAUGCUCCGUGUCUUUCUCUAAUCCCUAAUGCUUCUCGUGUCUUUUUUCCUAAUGCUGUCUUUCCCUAAUGCUCUGUAUCUUUUUUUCCUAAGUGUCUAUUGUCUCUGAUCUCUUUUCUCCAAAUGCCCGGCUUUUCCUAAUUCUGACUAAUGCCAAUGCUCCGUGCUAGAGGCGUGUCAGGAGGAGAAGGAAAGGAAGGAGGCAGAGGACCAGCGUAGGAAGCAUGAUGAUGACGCCAAGAAGAAGAAGGCUCUCACCAACAUGACCCACCAGUAUGGAGGUGUCCAGCAGAAGGUAUCUCCAAAAACAUUUUUAAAAACCUGCGUAUUCUUUAUCAUAAAGAUAUUGAUAAUAGUGUAACGGAAGCAUCCAAGUAAUGUGGGGCAAUGAACAUUUCCUCCAAAAUAUUUUGAUUUAAAAAAUAUACACUACCGGUCAAAAGUUUUAGAACACCUACUCAUUCAAGGGUUUUUCUUUAUUUUUAGUAUUUUCUACAUUGUAGAAUAGUGAAGACAUCAAAACUAUGAAAUAAGACAAAUGGAAUCAUGUAGUAACCCAAAAAGUGUUAAACAAAUAAAUCAAAAUAUUUUUUAUAUUUGAGAUUCUUCAAGCAGCCACCCUUUGCCUUGAUGACAUCUUUGUACACUCUUGGCAUUCUCUCAACCAGCUUCACCUGGAAUGCUUUUCCAACAGUCUUGAAGGAGUUCCCACAUAUGCUGAGCAUUUGUUGGCUGCUUUUCCUUCACUCUGGGGUCCAACUCAUCCCAAACCAUCUCAAUUUGGUUGAGGUCAGGAGAUUGUGGAGGCCAGGUCAUCUGAUGCAGCGCUCCAUCACUCUCCUUCUUGGUCAAAUAGCCCUUACACAGCCUGGAGGUGUGUUGGGUCAUUGUCCUGUUGAAAAACAAAUGAUAGUCCCACUAAGCCCAAACCAGAUGGGGUGGCGUAUCGCUGCAGAAUGCUGUGGUAGCCAUGCUGGUUAAGUGUGCCUUGACUUCUAAAUAAAUCACAGACAGUGUCACCAGUAAAGCACCCCCACACCAUAACACCUCCUCCUCCAUGCUUUACGGUGGGAAAUACACAUGCGGAGAUCAUCCGUUCACCCACACCGCGUCUCACAAAGACACGGCGGUUGGAACCAAAAAUCUCCAAUUUGGAUUCCAGACCAAAGGACAAAUGUCCACCGGUCUAAUGUCCAUUGCUCAUGUUUCUUGGCCCAAGCAAGUCUCUUCUUAUUUCUGUCCUUUAGUAGUUGUUUCUUUGCAGUAAUUCGACCAUGAAGGCCUGAUUCACAGUCUCCUCCGAACAGUUGAUGUUGAGAUGUGUCUGUUACUUGAACUCUGUGAAGCAUUUAUUUGGGCUGCAAUUUCUGAGGCUGGUAACUCUAAUGAACUUAUCCUCUGCAGCAGAGGUAACUCUGGGUCUUCCAUUUUUGUGUCAGUCCUCAUGAGAGCCAGUUUCAUCAUAGCACUUGAUGGUUUUUGCGACUGCACUUUAAGAAACUUUCAAAGUUCUUGAAAUGUUCCAUAUUGACUGACCUUCAUGUCUUAAAGUAAUGAUGGACUACCGUUUCUCUUUGCUUAUUUGAGCUGUUCUUGCCAAAAUAUGGACUUGGUCUUUUACCAAAUAGGGGUAUCUUCUGUAUACCCCCCCUACCUUGUCACAACCCAACUGAUUGGCUCAAACGCAUUAAGAAGGAAAGAAAUUCCACAAAUGAACUUUUAAGAAGGCACACCUGUUAAUUGAAAUGCAUUCCAGGUGACUACCUCAUGAAGCUGGUUGAGAGAAUGCCAAGAGUGUGCAAAGCUGUCAUCAAGGCAAAGGGUGGACAUUUGAAGAAUCUCAAAUAUAAAAUAUAUUUUGAUUUGUUUAACACUUUUUUGGUUACUACAUGAUUCCAUAUGUGUUUUUUCAUAGUUUUGAUGUCUUCACUAUUAUUCUACAAUGUAGAAAAUAUUUAAAAAUAUAUAUUUAAAAAAAACCUUGAAUGAGUAGCAGUGUCCAAACUUUUGACCGGUAGUGUAUAUACACAAAAUCUCUGAGAACAAUCGUAUUUCCCAUUUUUCAAUGCUCAGAGCGAAAACCGCAAAGGAGCCAAGAAACAGACAGAGAGGGAGAAGAAGAAGAAGAUUCUUGCUGACCGAAGGAAACCUCUCAACAUCGACCAUCUGAAUGAGGACAAACUCAAGUAUGUCAUAGUUCAUAUUCAGAAUUUGCCUGUCCUCAGAAAAGCUGACAGUGUUAUCAUAAUUAUUUAUGAUGGUUUAUGUCUGACGUUUUUCAUUUUAUGACUGAACAUGACUAUCUGAAUGGUUUAGAGUGAUGUAGAUUCUUCAGUGAGACAACAAAGGUUCUUUGGGGCAAGAAAGCAAGUGUUCUGAUCCACUGUUGCCCGACAGGGAGAAGGCCAGUGAGAUGUGGCAGUGGAUGAUGGAGUUGGAGGCAGAGAAGUUUGACCUCAGUGAGAAACUCAAGAAACAGAAGUAUGAUGUAAGUCACCUAGACCUAACACAGAAACGAGUAUGCAACAGUCACCCUCAAUGAAAUACAUCGGCAAGUUCCUGGGUUCCUUUCUCCUCUCAACCUCCCUGGGAUCUGGGGAAUACUGCGAGAUAGUCUUGUCUGCUUUCGGAUGGCAAUGAGAGAGGUCCCAGGCAGUGGGUACAAGGGUUGGGGUCAAUUCCAUUUCAAUUCAGAAAGUAAACCAAAUUCCAAUUCGACAUUUUCCUUAUUGAAAAACAUUUAAGAGACUUAGAAUUUGAAAGUACUUCCUGAAUUGACCCCAACCCUGGUCGGUACAUGAAAGGUGAACUACAGUACUAGUGAACAGGUUAAACUACAGGUGAAUUCUGAGGUCUAUAGUAUCAUCCCGUUCCUGGGUUCCUCUCCACCUCUCAGAUGGACUCCACCUGUGCAGGUUUCUUCCACAGUAACUAA